AUGCCCCGCUGGACGCGCUCGGGGCACCGUGGGCCGGGGCGGCGGAGGCGGCUGCAGGGCUGCAGGGUAUCUGGGCUUCAGAGGAGGAGGCCCGGCAGGAGGGGGACUGUGGGGCUGCUAAGCCCAGAGCUGUCCAGCCCGGGGUGCCUUGGGGGCCAGGGUGAGGGCGGCUGGGCGAAGCGCUUCUCCUCUCGGGAGCCCUACCGCGUGCCUUGGAAGAAAGCCCCUCAGCUCGAGCUCAGGCUUCUCCGCUUGGAGCAUGUGGAGCCUUGUCCCCCGAUGCACAGACCCCAGCAGAGCCUGGGGCACUCGCCCUUCCAGGCCCGCUCCACACUGGCCGUGGACUCUCAGAUGGUGUUUGUUGGAAAAGUGCUGAAGAAACUGUAUCCUGAGGUUCCACGUGGCCAAGAGAAGAGGGCCCCAGUGAGUCCAGCCUGCAGAAACCCACCUGAGAAAGUGGCUCCUGAGAGAGCGAAGGGCAGGGGCGUCCCCCCCAUGACAGGUGGUGACACUCGGGUCCAGCCUGCACGACGGCUUUACACCGUGAGCCUGCCACCUGAGGCGUGGGUCCCCCCUCCGCCGGAGGCCCCCAGCUGCUCGAGUCCUGAGAGCUCCUCCAGCGGCGAAGACAUAGGAGAUCAGGAUCUUCAGGCUCAACCAAAGAGAAGAAGAAUUAGAAAGCAUAAUUCAAAGAAAAAAUUUAAAAAUCCCAAUAACAUACCUGUAGAACAAGCAGAAUUAGAGAAACAGCAGAGUAUUUUGCAAGAAAAAUUGCAGCCACGGCACACAGAUGGCCCCCCAAUAAGCAAAAAUAAAAAAAGGAAACUGAAAAAGAAACAGCAAAUUAAAAGGAAGAAAGCAGCUGGCUUACUAACAGGAGUCUCUGGCGUCAACUUCAUGUACCAGCCUGAGGAGACCAGCAGUGAGCAGGGCGACGUGAGAGUGAGUGAUGGAGAGGACGGCACAGACGGGGAGGGAGGGGUCCCGGAUGCCGAGAAGGAAGGAGCCACAGACGCCAGGAAGGAAGAUGUUAAAAGUACGAAUGAAAAGGCAGAUGGUAUCCUGAACUUUUUGAAGUCAACACAAGAAAUUUAUUUUUAUGAUGGUGUCUCCAAGGAUUCGGACUCGGCUGUCUUCAUGGAGACCAGUGGAGAGCUAUUUAAAUAUCUUGAAACUCACAGCAUGCCCUCCUCAGAUGUGUUCAUUCUGGAUCACAUGAAAACGCUGUUACUUUUGCAAGAUACUGAAAGAUUGAAGAGUGCCCUGGAAGUGUUCCCAGAACAUUGCAGGAUGCCACACGACUAUGCCCGAGUAAUCUCAGCUUUCUUUAAUUACUGGAUCACACAUAUCCUUCCUGAGAAAAACAAUGAAUAA